UUUAUUUUCCAGCUUCUCUCAUGGCUGCUUUGACAUCUGCGCAACAUGUAGGACUUUUCAUGUUCCUGUGGAUCACUGGCUCUGUGGCUGCAGGAGAGUCGCUCGAAAGAAAGUCUGGAGAAGACGUCAUCCUUCGGUGCAACAGUGUCACAGAUGCUGCCAUCACUAAGUUAGAGUGGAUCAGACCUGAGCUGGAGGAGGACUACGUCUUCUUCUUCAGAGAAAACAGGCUGAUUGAAAGCUUCCAGGAUCCACGUUAUCGAGGUCGUGUUGAUCUGAAAGAUCCAGAGAUGAAGAACGGAGACGCUUCUGUUCUCCUGAAGAACGUCAACACCGACGACACGGGAACGUACGAGUGUCGGGUUCAAACUCACUCCAAUAAUCGCAGGAAGAGAAACGUGAGAGAGUUUGUGCGCUCCGUCAAUCUGACCGUCUCUGAACGUCCUGAACAACCAGAGGGUCCCAGAGGACACGUUGGGUGGGGAGUUGGUUUGGGACUGCUUUGUCUCGUUGUUGUUGUUGGUGGUGGUGGUGGUGCUUGUUGUGAGAUCUAAAAGAGCUAAGGUGAAGAGACCAUUAGAGAGUGUUGAUGUUGAACUGAACCCCUGACAAGUCCCAGAGCUCUUCACACCUGACUGUCCUCCAUCCCCUGCUUCUAAACUAAAUCAUCUUCUCCCUGAAUCUCCACCUCGACGCGGUGGAGGGGCUUUACCCUCUGAGACGCAAACACCUGGUGAGGGUUGAACCAAACGUGACUCAGUUUCUAACUUCAGUCUGAGAGAGUGCAGAAAUAUUCUCCUUCAGUGAUCAGCCAAUCAGAAGGAUUGACUCUGCUGCUGAACACCUACCCCUAGAUUCCACCGGGUCCGUCUGCGUCGCGUUACGGCUGCGCGGUUUUGUUCCGGCUGCGCGGUUUUGUUCCGGCCUCCACCGGCGUCAUACCCUACCGGGCGCGUUUCAGAAGCAUUUCAGAAGCGGAGUUUCUGAACUGCAUUAUGCUGUGUUCACAACGGACGCGAUGCGAAUAUUCUCAUCGCUCUAACCGCUGGAGUUUCACCGCGGCUGUCAGCUGUAUUUACUCCUGUCAUUCAAACAGAACGCGCUGGAGAGGGGGCGGGGCUUAUUUCCAUGUAAAUACUGUGGUGGAAACCAACUACG